AUGUUCAACGAUUCAUACACUUGGGUAGCCAAGUGUGAAAAGUGUAAAUUAUUCACAGGAAAGCCACAACUUGUAGCAUUACCUCUUCGACCAGUAGUUGUGAAUGAACCAUUCAAACAACGGGGUUUAGAUUUUAUAGGUCCCUUGUCACUUACCUCAAGUGCAGGGCAUACACACAUAUUGGUAGCCACAGAUUACUUCACCAAAUGGGUUGAAGCCAUUCAAGUGCGAAAGAUGACUUUUGAGAUUGUUUGUAGUUUUCUUAAAGAAAAUAUUCUGGUUCGAUUUGGAGUUCCUCAAAAAAUUGUGGCUGAUAAUGCAACUAACUUCUCUUCUGCUGAGAUUUCAUUAUUUUGUUAUGAUCAUGGGAUAUCCCUCGCUUACUCUUCAGAUUAUUACCCUCAGGGUAACGGCUAG